AUGAUUCAGAGGAACGAGGUUGUGCUGUCCGUGCUGCGAGAGCUCCAGGAGGCCACAGAGAGCUCCGGUCUGGAUGCUCUCACCCGAGUGGCCCUCGGGGUGGACAGGGUCCUCGCUCCCUUCCAGCUCCCCAGGACCCCCUGCCAGGACUUCCCAGAGUGGGCCGGCGUGGACGACUCGGCCCGUGACCUGUACCCGGGUGAUGCACCCAGAGACCUCCUGCCUCUGAACUGCGACGGAAAAGGCAACUUGCUGUUUGAUGCAGUCAGCACCCUGCUAGUGGGGAACCCUGCACUUAGCUUGGAGCUACAGGUGCGGACUGUCAUGGAAAUGGUGCUGUGGAAGCGAUACUACCUCUCAGGGAUGAUCGAUUCGAAAAUGAUGCUUCAGGCCGUUCGCUUCAGUCUCUCUGCUGAAGAGUCCGAGGACAUGCUCAACUUGCCCGUCACAGUCCUGGAGGCCAUCUUUGACGCAGACGUCAAAGCUUCCUGCUUCCCCGGCGCCUACGCCAACAUGUGGCACGUUUACGCCCUGGCGUCAGUCCUCGAGUCUAACAUCUACUCCAUCUAUCCCAUGUUCAACCUCAAGAUCAGACCCUAUUUCAACCGUGUCAUACGUCCGAGGACCUGGCCCAAAGACUCUCAGCCGUUAACCCUGCACAUCAUGUGGUCCGGCGAGCUGCAGUCCGAGGUCUUGUUCAGGCCAAAUAAUUUUGUCGCACUAGCCAAUACCAGAGACCUCACAUUUGGGAAUACCGACAGCGAGCAGAGGGAGUCUCCGAUCAAGAGCGAGGAGCUGCAGAACCCGGACUCGCAGUUUUCCUACCCGAGCCUGAAGGACAAGUACAACAUUACCAAGAGGACAUUCUACCGCUGGAAAAGGCAGACGCAGGAGCACUGCAAAAAGUCUGCUGCUAGGUACGAGGCAAAGUAUUUCCUGCAGGCGUGCUACUUGGAGGGAAGGCUUAUCCCUCUGCACCAGUUUAAGGAGUUUUUCCCCGAGAUCUCAAGGUCGUCGUACUACAACUGGAAGCACGAGCUUCUGAAAACUGGAGGAACCUUCUCCACCUCGUCUUCAACUGGAGAGAUUAGUCCUGGAGAGAGCACGGAGCAGGAGGCCUGGUCUUCACCUGAAACAAAACAGGAGGAGCCUGACCACAAUGACAGCGUGGCCAGUAUGUUUGGACUCGGCCUCGGCAAGCUGGAUGUAGAGCGGGCCCAGAGUUUGGCACAUAUGCAGGAAGCAAAGCGCUGUCUACAGAAUUGCAUCGCCAUGAAUGCCUCCCUCCCCUUCAGGGUCUUCAAAAGACAUUUCCCCGGGAUCUCCAGAUCAACCUACUACAACUGGAGGAGAGAGGCCAUGCUGUUCAACAGAGGUUACAAAGGCAGCGUGGCCAGCAGCGAGGACAGCUCCGAUGCUGACAAGAGCCAGAGUCCAAAGAGUCUGUCCCCGGUCCUGUCUAACGUCACCCAGCCUAUCGUACCCAGGAUGAGGAUCUACAGGAGACAGCACAUAAGUUUCAGGCUGGCAUACAUGAGUAAAAAGCAGCUCAGAGAUGCUGCCAAACUGCACGUCCAGAAUUCAAAGUGGUCCCUGACCAAGUUCAAGCUCAAGUUCCCGUCCAUGUCCCCUUGUUUUUACUGGCUUUGGCGUAGCAGGCAGAACCAGAAGGAGAAAAUGGCUGCCCAGCGUACCGAGGUCCUCCCAGUUAGCGUGGAGAACACUGCAACAGAGGACAAGAUCAUAGAGACGAGGAUAGAGACUCCGCCCAUGCUCCCGUUUGUCGAGAGGCCGAGAUAUUUAGAAAGCUCCACUGUUCCCUCUUUUGAUGUCUCUCGUUCAAAACCCGUGCUUCACAGCCAGGAACCAACAGACAAGCAGAUGUUUGCGAUGGAUGUUGUGGCUCUGGCCAACUUCAAGGCCAAGGCCAAGCUGUUCCUGCAGCAACGCUUUGAAGAGAAGUCCUUCCCUACGUUCAAAGAAUUCAGGUCUUACUUCCCCUUCACACCACGCUCCACGUACUACAUGUGGAAGCGAGCUCUGCAUCACGGGGUGUCGCUGAUUCACGGUUAA